GCCCCUCUCCAACCCAAACUCCAACGCCUUCCGCCCGGCGGGGCCCGCCGUCGCCGGCCGCGACGAUCCCCUUCCCGACGGCGACGUCGCCCGCGGCUGCGGCACAGCGGGCGGCGCUGGACGCGGGGCUGGCGGUGGUGGGCUUUGGCCGCGGGGCGAUGGAUGGAGAACAGCUCUCGGCAGUAACCAUGGAGUGGAAGGUCCUAAAGGAACGCUUCUUCACCGGCGAGGCCGUGGACCCGGUCUUCGAGGGCAUCGUGAAAGACUUCAUUGCCUUCGACGUGACGCUUCAGGAUGUCUUCAAGAAGGUGGAAGGCUUCAUGAAAGGCGUGGAUAGUUUGACGGAGGGCUUGACCGUCUUGGCGGAGAGCACCACCACAGGCCUUUCUUCAGUGGACGACCCCUUGAUCAAGGCGGAUUGCUGCAAGAUGAAGGAGGCCAUGAACGCCAUCACACGCGCCGAUGCCCCACACAGUGCCAUUGCAAAGCUGCGGAGGGAUAUGGACUUUAAUAUCAUGAACCCGUUGCGGUGCCACAUCGUGAACAACCGCAAUAUGAAGAACUAUUUAGAUAAACGACGCCGGAGACUCCUCGAGUUCAACAUCGCCAAGCGAGAAAUGGAGGACUGCGUCAAAAAGAAUCUUCAUCCCACCGACCGCAAAUAUUUAGCGGCGCAGUCUCAGUUGGAAUCUGCCAAGUUGUCCUUCCACGAGGUGGACAAGCACAUCUUCGAGUGGCUCUACAUCCUCGAGGAGUAUAAAGGUGAUAUUCUGGACAGUUGUCUUCAGACCUUGAAGUAUCUCCAGUAUGAAUUCUUCGCCACCUCAGCUCACUCCAUCAGUGGCGUGCUUCCGGCACGGAUGGAGUUUCGGCCCAUGGUGGAGAUGACGCCCGACCACUUGGAAGCGCAGGUGGAGAUGGCUUUGCAAGAGGAGGAAGAGAAUCCAGACGAGGUCGUCACGGACUUCUCUGCUCGUCUCAUCGAAAAGUUGGCCAAGGACAACAAGAAUAAACCGGGAGAAGGCUUGGAUUCCGCCGCCAGCGAGGGGCCUGCGGUGCCGGUAGAUCCCUUGUCCUUGUCCUCGUUGCUGUCACAGGGCUUUGAAGAGGGGCCGGCAAGACAAGCCUUGAGAAAGUUCAAGAACAACACUCAGGCGGCCUUGGACUUCCUCAUUGGAGGUGGACAGGCUGAGGAGCAGGAAGAGGAACCAGUCCGCAUGCCAACGACGGUGCCCCGUGUGCAGAGGCUGAAGGAACGACGGAGAGCACAGCAGGCGCGGCGCAAGGAGGAGGAGGAACGCCGGCGGCGAGACGCGGAAAGCCCCGAACGAACGGCGAAGAGCUCGCCUCGGGAGGCUGAGUCGAGGUCGCCUUUGCGAGGCGAGAUGAACGCGGCGCGUCCAUCGUCCGCUGCUGUGGAUUUGCUGGACUUCCAGGAGGAGACGAAGGCCUCUCCAGCCUCUCCACCCGACACCGGAGCACCACGCCCAGCGGGGGACCUCUUGGACCUCGCACCCGGAAGUGGCGAUUUGCUGGACCUGGAGCCGCCGGCGCCGACGGACUUUUCCAAGCAGAUCGAGACCUUACCUUUGCCGGAGCAGAUUACUUUAGACCUCUCCAAGUGUGAGAAGGGGCCAAUUGGCCCUGGGGCCAGUGGGGGUUAUGCUUGAUUUGCAUGACCUUGGAGUUUGCCCGCAUCGACAAACAGUGACCUAU